AUGACACCUCAAGAACCAUCUGUCGAGAUGUGGCAGAAACCCACAAACCGCGGAAGAGGCCGCAAGAAUAACUCUACUCCUCACGGGGGGCCAGGGCCAGGAAAACCACAGGCUGCCCAGGGACCCAAGCUGGAGCUCCCUGAUGGCUACGUUCCCCAGGGCAAGCAGGUUGGGAAUAACGGCUGGAACAAGACGGCUUCCUAUUCAUCAGACUUCUCAUUCGGCUUGCUCUCGCCGAACAUGUCACAAAGCUUCCGUGCUGUGAAGCCCUGGGCUCUGGACCAGAGAUAUCCCCGCCCUUCAAAUGACAAGUCUCUCCUCAGUUUCAACUACGACCGUCAAUGGCACUCCUUCGAAGGCAAGGAUGUCAUGGCAGAGCUUAACAAAGCACUAGCCCGAGGUCGUCGGGCCAAGCUGCCUCCUAUUUUCGGAGAUUCGAGCCCUGAGGCUCUGCAGAAGGCAGAGAAGGAAUACAGGAGAAGAGGCCAUUCCAACCUAUACAAGGCCAGGAUGGCCAUUCGGAACACUCCUCAGUCUUCCAAGUUGCUCAUUGCUGCUUCUGCCACCAAGCCAGACCCGAAUGAGAAUGAGGGUCUGGUCAAGUUUCUGCAGAUUGCCGAGCUCCGAGCAAUCCUCAUCGACUUCCUCAUUCCCAGCGUCGGAGACCUCACUGCCCUUGCGGCAACUUGCCGGGGUAUUGCGGCCCUUGUCCCGCACAGUUUUGAAAUCUGGGAUUUCAAUUCAGGAGCCUUCCCAACCGGCCGCUUUGUCAACGGGGACGGCAUCCGAAGCAGCACCCUAAUCGUCACCCCCAUCUCAGAUGAGCCGGAGUGCCCCAAGAAGCCUUACAUGAAGGACUUCCGUAACCUUGUCGAUCUUUGCGCCGCCAUUACCACAAUUCCCCACACCUCUCGGAGCAUCAUCUUGGACCAGAUCCCUUUCCUUGAUGUCCGUCUAUUCGAAUUGAUGGUCAAUUCGAUGCCCAACCUAACGACGGUUAUCAUCACCCGUUGUCUUUUGCUCGACGUGUCUAAGCUCAAGCCACUCCUGAAAGUCAUCGAACGCCAUCCACGGAGCGUAGAGGACGAGGACAAGCAGCUGCGUAGGCAGUACAUCCGCCUUGACUUUUUCCCUUACUUUUUCCGCGGUCCUCAAACCUCCACGCGCCUGGGAUCAUACGGCGUCACAUACAAUGAGCCGACAUUCCACACUCCAAAGGCUGUCUUCGGGCUGAUCCUACAGUGCUGGGAUCUCGCAAGAUUGGUGGGCAUGGACUUGGUCAGCGACAGUUCGUCCUUUUGGAGCUUCGUUCGUCAAUUACCAGGACCGGAUGUUCUGUGGGCAAUCAAAGCGAGGGACGCGCUACUUUCCCGCGAACGUGAGAGAGAAUUGACCAAACGCGCUACCGAGGCCGUCCAAGACACGGUUAUGCAGAACUUUGCCGACGACAUCACGGCCGCCUUGACCGGAGAUGACUUCAGGCCAGGCGACCACCGAAUCCCCUAUCACCAGAGAAAAUUUCGUGGAAAGGAUCACCAUGCGAUGAACUACUGGCGAAGGAGCGAGUCUUGCGUCAAAUGCGGCUUCACGUACCCUUGGUCCUUGUUCCCUAGUCGCCUCGGGGCGUGCUGGUCUUGCCACAUGAGCCGGUAUGUCGAUGAAAUGGAGUGCAGCCAUCUUCGGCUCUUCCAACUCAGUGCCAUGAAUAGAUGGAUGUUCCGCCUCGAUCCGGCAAGGUCCACGCUUGAUGACCUCUUGAAGUAUAGAGAGUGUACACUUGAUGCGGCGCUUCUCGAUGUGAGGUGUGCGGAUUGGGCCUGGGAGUACUUCCUGAGCUUUCGGCCUCAACCCGGGAAUGCGCAAUACACACCUCCAGAGUCUGACGGAUUCGAUAAUUCAAUUCGGUCGAUGGCUCGCUGGCGCUGGUCCAGGCAACCCCCGACUGGUCCUUUCGACUAUAGAAAGGGAGGCCCGCAGUAUGAAGAUCCCUGCAAGAAGGAGCUCGACGUCAGCAUCUACCAAGACAUCAAACAAGGUCCCGAGCCCCAGGAAAUGUUCAAUCUCCGCUGGCGCUGGACCUGGCGGACUGACAUAUACUACCUGGAAGCGUGGAGGGCCAGAUCUGCCGACCCAAAAGAUGAAAUGCACCGCUUUCAUUUAUUCGAUGAAUUGAGCUUCCUGCAACAUUUAUCCAGGGCUCGCGUCUCCCCCGAGGAGUGGCCACUUGCCAUGGACAUUGAGUGGCGCGCACAGAAUGAAUUUGACAAGAAGACUUACACAGAGCACAAUGCCCACGUCGAAGACGAUCUGGCUUCUCUGUAUACUCCGGGCUCCAAGCCCUUCAACCUGGACAAGCCCGUCAUCCACAAGUCAGUCAAUCCUCACGAAUACCGGGCCUUCAUCGAGGAAGCUUCGCGCGCCUGGCUUCCGCAUACCUCGGUCAGGAAAUGUUCGUACUGGUAG